AUGUCAAGGCCGCCGUCGACUUUGUUCAAGCUCGCUGGAUCGGGAAAGGUUAUACCCGGGGAUGCCAUCACCGCCGCAGCCGGAGCGAAGAUGGUCGAUGUGUAUGCUACAGCGAGCCAGCACAACCGCGCUGUCGUAGGCGGCGGAGGCAAAACCGUUUCGCAGGGUGGCUUUGUAACGGGUGGUGGCCACUCCAUCUUGGCACCACACUACGGUCUUGCAGCAGAUAACGUGCUGCAGAUGGAGGUCGUUACACCCGGCGGCGAUCUUAUCACGGUAAACGAAGAUCAAAACGCCGACUUGUUCUGGGCCAUGCGAGGUGGAGGAGGUUCGACUUUUGGGGUUCUCACUUCUGUCACGGUCAAAACACAUCCCGAGAAGAAGCUCACUAUGGUUUUAUUCAUGGCCUUCACUGUACCUGAGGCUCCCUUUACUCUGGACCUAGCUACUUGGGCUGCUUCUCAGCUCCCUUACCUCUCGGACUCUGGCUUAUCAGGCUAUCUUAUGGCUACUGUAAACUCGACGCCGCCGAUCCCGAUACCGGGUCUUCCAGAGCGAGUCGCCGGCCUAAUGGGCAAGACAAUCAUUUUAGACACCCAAGAUACGGCCAAGAUCAACGAGAUCUUCCGACCACUCAACAAAACGAUCCAGGAACGGUGGCCUGGACAGGUCAACUUGCUGGUUCUUACUCAACCCUACGACUCAUUCGCGGCCUGGUAUGCCGAGAACUUUGACGAUGGUCAAGCCGGGGGCUCUAUCUAUCUCAUCUCACGAUUUCUGGACAAGAAGACCCUGACCAAUGACCUGGACGCACUGAAGAGUGCACUGGAGCCGAUUCUUCUCAAUGAUGGCUGGCUGGGAACCUACCUGGUUGCUGGAAAGGGUGUCAAUGAAGCGAAGCCCCGCGGGGGAGGAAACUCUGUACACCCGGUCUGGAGAAAGGCGUAUGUCCAUGCUCUCACCUGGCAAGGCUGGGGAUACGAACCGUGGGAUCCAGCAGCUGGAGAGAAGGCUAGGGAGAUUCUGAAUGCUAGGUUUGAGCCACUUCGGCAGCUAACACCCGAUGGAGGAUCAUACAUCAAUGAAGGUUUUCCGUUUGAGAAGGACUGGCAGCAGGCUUUUUGGGGCGCGAACUACCCGCGACUAUCCAAAAUCAAGCGCAGCGUCGAUCCUAAGGACGUUUUGUGGUGCAAGCCGUGUGUGGGAAAUGAGGGCUGGGAGGAGAAAAACGACGGUCGCCUUUGCAGGGUUCAGUAA